GACAAAGCUGGCGAAGGACAAGCUUUUGGGAAUCUUGGCAUUGCCUAUAAUAACCUAUGCGAUUUUCAUAAGGCAAUCGAGUACCAUGAGCGUGACCUACAAAUUGCAAAAGAAGUGGGAGAUAAAGCUGGAGAAGGACGGGCUUAUGGAAAUCUUGGCAUUGCCUAUCACAGGAUAAGCGAUUUUCAUAAGGCAAUCGAGUACCAUGAGUGUCACCUACAAAUUGCAAAAGAAGUGGGGGAUAAAGCUGGAGAAGGACGGGCUUAUGGAAAUCUUGGCAGUGCCUAUCGCAGAUUAGGCGAUUUUCAUAAGGCAAUCGCGUUCCAUGAGUGUCACCUACAAAUUGCAAAAGAAGUGGGGGAUAAAGCUGGAGAAGGAGGGGCUCAUGGAAAUCUUGGCAAUGCCUAUCGCAGAUUAGGCGAUUUUCAUAAGGCAAUCGAGUACCAUGAAUGUCACCUACAAAUUGCAAAAGAAGUGGGGGAUAAAGCUGGAGAAGGAGGGGCUUAUGGAAAUCUUGGCAAUGCCUAUCAGAGCUUAGGCGAUUUUCAUAAGGCAAUCGAGUACCAUGAGUGUGACCUACAAAUUUCAAAAGAGGUGGGGAAUAAAGUUGGAGAAGGAGGGGCUUAUGGAAAUCUUGGCAAUGCCUAUCACAGCUUAGGCGAUUUUCAUAAGGCAAUCGAGUACCAUGAGCGUGACCUACAAAUUUCAAAAGAGGUGGGGAAUAAAGCUGGAGAAGGACGGGCUUAUGGGAAUCUUGGCAAUGCCUAUCACAGCUUAGGUGAUUUUCAUAAGGCAAUCGAGUACCAUGAGUGUCGCCUACAAAUUGCAAAAGAGGUGGGGGAUAAAGCUGGAGAAGGACGGGCUUAUGGAAAUCUUGGCAAUGCCUAUGACAGCUUAGGCGAUUUUCAUAAGGCAAUCGAGUACCAUGAGUGUGACCUACAAAUUGCAAAAGAAGUGGGGGAUAAAGCUGGAGAAGGACGGGCUUAUGGAAAUCUUGGCAAUGCCUAUCACAGCUUAGGCGAUUUUCAUAAGGCAAUCGAGUACCAUGAGUGUAGCCUACAAAUUUCAAAAGAGGUGGGGAAUAAAGCUGGAGAAGGAGGGGCUUAUGGAAAUCUUGGCAAUGCCUAUCACAGCUUAGGCGGUUUUCAUAAGGCAAUCGAGUACCAUGAGUGUAACCUACAAAUUGCAAAAGAAGUGGGAGAUAAAGCUGGAGAAGGAGGGGCUUAUGGAAAUCUUGGCAAUGCCUAUCACAGCUUAGGCGAUUUUCAUAAGGCAAUCGAGUACCAUGAGUGUCACCUACAAAUUGCAAAAGAAAUGGGGGAUAAAGCUGGAGAAGGACGGGCUUAUGGAAAUCUUGGCUAUGCAUACUUUCUGCUUAAUGAUACGUCUAAAGAUCGAGGAUCGUUUUCGAGUGCCCUUGACUGCUUUAUUUCCAGUUUGUCAAAGCUCAAUGAAAUUAGGGCUCAUCUCCGGUUAAAAGACGAGUGGAAAAUUAGCUACCGCGAUACGUAUAAUAGUGUAUACAAUAAUUUGUGGCGUCUCCAUCUACGCCAAGGUGAAGUUCGUGAUGCCUUACGAGUUGCUGAGGGUGGACGGGCACAGGCUUUAAAAGAUCUCAUGGAAGAAAAUUAUGGGUGUCAAGAGUUAUACUCUCAGUCUCAUUCCUCAGGAAAGUCAAGUGGCUCCUCUUUUAGAUCCAUUCUUGCAACAACAGUUUUCAUAGCUCUUGAUAAACAAGAGAUCAUUUUCUGGGUUAUAAGAAAGGAUGAAGAAGUCACCUUGAGGAGAAGAAAGGUAGGAGAUAUUUCAGAAGAAGAUGUGAGAGCUUUCCUUAAGACUCUACACAGUACUGCCUUGGACGAAAUUGGUGUACGUGCUGGCGUCAAAAUUGAAAAUCGCUCGCUUGUUCAGUUGCGUGAGGGGGAGUGCAUGACUGAAAAGGCCUCUUGCAGUGUUUCUCAGCCUGUUUCAUCAAAGGAGAGUUUAAAGAGGUUUUUUGACCUUAUAAUUGCUCCUAUUGCUGACCUGGUCCAUGGAGAUGACCUCAUUCUCGUUCCGGAGGGUUCAUUGUGUUUGAUACCCUAUGCAGCACUGAUUAACCCAGAGCAGGAGUAUCUGUGCGAUUCCUUAAGAAUCAGAUUGAUUCCGUCCUUGACUACUUUGAAAUUAGUUUCUGAUUGUCCAGCUGAUUUCCACAAUACGAAAGGCGCACUUAUAGUGGGAGAUCCGUACCUAAAUGGAAUUGUCUAUAAAGAAACAAAGUAUUGUCGGCUGCCAUAUGCAAAGAAAGAAGUAGAGAUGAUUGGGAGAAUCCUAGGAACAGUUCCCCUCAUUGGAGAGAAGGCGUCUAAAGGAGAAGUCUUAAAGAGACUAUCUACGGUUGCUUUGGUGCACAUCGCCGCCCAUGGCGGAAUGGAAACAGGAGAAAUUAUUUUGGCCCCAAACCCAGCUGGGGAAUCCCUCCAUCCUGAGGAGAAAGACUUUUUGUUGACGAUGACAGAUGUGUUAGAAGCUAAGCUGCGGGCAAGGUUGGUUGUGUUGAGUUGUUGUCAUAGUGCUCAUGGGCAAAUAAAGGCUGAGGGGGUAGUUGGCAUUGCUCGAGCAUUCUUAGGUGCUGGGGCUCGUUCCGUUUUGGUGUCCCUCUGGGGGAUUGAUGACGAGGCUACUUUCCAGUUUAUGGAACAUUUCUAUAAAGAAGUAGUUAAAGGAAGGAGGGUCAGUGAAGCUCUUAACCAAGCCAUGAAAUGUAUGAGAGAGUCUGGAGAGUUCAGGGAAGUAAAGUACUGGGCGCCAUUUACUCUCAUUGGGGAUGAUGUCACUCUAGAGUUGCAUGGGACGGAUUCAGUCUAG